GAUGUGGCGCAGAAGACCUGGACUCCGCGCCGUUCGGAACCUCCGGCAGCUCUCAACAGCAAUACGCCGCCGUAUCACUGACGAGGGCAACUGGUCCUACGCCUCCGAAUGGUGGGGCACCGAAUCCGACGGCCGCGUCGUCCUCCGCUCCACAUCCGAAAAGGGAAACGGCGUCGUCUCCGUCGCCGCUUUCCCCGCCUCUAAACCCAGCAAGCUUCACUGGGCAGAGACCGAGAGAUGGCUAGAGAAGAGGUACAAAGAGAUAGACGAAUCCCAUGAUUACAAUGAGAAGUUCAGAGUUGUUGGAUAUGAAUGGCGCUGUCUUCGUUUUAACGACGACACUCGCCAGAGCACUGUCAAGGUCUUGGCCGCUUUCCGGCAAUCGGAGCCGGCGUGUUUUGCUCUUAUGCAGCAACCUCAUUGCCUCGCUGUUCCAUAUCUUAAGAGUAUGUUAUCAGUUGGGUUGGCUAGUAUAGCUUGUUGUGAUUACAAUCUGAAGAAGGUGGCGAAUGGGAAGGAUACGAUGCGGGUUUUAUGCAUCGGCCAUGGUGGAGGGAGCUUGCCAUUGUUUUUGGCUAGUAAACUUCAAGGUGCUAUGGUUGAUAUAGUUGAAAUUGAUCCUGUUGUGAUCUCAGCCUCGGUUCAAGCUAUGGGGUUUCCUGCUUACUCGGUUAUGAAUCCGUCAGGCGAGCGUGCUGUUUCAAAACCUGAUAUUAUGGAUGAGGUAAUGUGGAAAGGCAUCCAUGAGAGGCUGUUUCUCUAUGAAUCAGAUGCUGAGGAUUUCAUUCUCAAAACUAACAAUGUGUAUGAUAUGAUCUUCAUUGAUGCUUAUGACGGCGAAGACAUAUUCCCUCGCAAGUUGUGGGACACAGAUUCACCGUUUAUGAAAGCUUUAAGCAGUCGGCUUCACCCCGAUCAUGGAACGGUUGUGGUGAACCUUCAUUCAGAUUGUGAGGUUUUGAAUCAUGAUGGCUCUGUUCCUUCCAUUCUUGAGCAAGUUUUGCCGAUGGGAAAGUAUGUCUCCCAGGUUUGCCAAGCAUACAAAAAUGUGGUAGUGGGCAGUCGAGAUUCUGGUUUGGGGUUUACUGUUUCGGUUCCUUGGAUCUGCAAUAUGUCUAUGGUUGUUUGCAGAGGUUUUGGGAUUAACAGUGGGUACACAAACAGGGAUGUGAUGUUGCAUACCCUCAUGUCCAAAUCAUUUGAAGUUGAAAAUAUUCUCAACUUACCAUUCUCAUGUUUGCAAUAUGUAAAGAGAGGUUUUAGACUUUUUGAUUAAUACAAAUGACAAGCUUAUACCAGUUGAAGUUCUUAAAAUUUUGUGUUGCAUGUUGCAGGUUAUGCCCUCUCGUUGUUGAAAACAAAGUAGUUUUGUGCUGUAGUCCUACCAU